AUGGCAAAUUCCUCACGUCGUGUCCCCGUGCCCCACCCUGGGCCUCAAGAUUAUGCUGCCGUGCCAACUAGUCCAAGAUCAGUCAUGAACAAUAACUCCUCGAACUACUAUGCAAAUGCGAACUAUACUCAACAACUACCUUCACGAACACCUUCACGGACACCUUCAAGGACGCCAUCAUCCGGAAGCAGAAAAGUACGGACAGGUAGAGGCGCCAUAGCACACGGAGUGGCUAGUGGGCAAAUUGGAGGCGGUUAUGGCCCAUACUCAUACACACCUGCACCAAGCGCAAAUAGCGGAGUGUACACCGCCUCACGGUUUAGUGCGCCACCCUCAGACGCAACGAUAGCACACAACGCCGGAGAAAAACAAACUAUACUACCGACAACAACAACUGUACCACAGUAUCUCUGGGACAGAGACCCCGACGUGGACGACGAUCUACAUAACCCUGACCCAGCUCGAGAUGCGCGUGAGAAUAGAUCAUUCACAAUAUUCUCGGGAAGAGGGUGGUUGAACGCAAUAGCGAUAUUCGUGCUCGUCACUGGGCUCAUUGUCCUUUUCGCUGGGUAUCCAAUCAUCUCAUACGUGAACAAGUCUACCUUCGCACCUGGGGGAUUCAACAUUGGUGGCAUCAACGGAACAGGACAAAUACCUGUUCUCCCCGGCCUCCCGAAACUCAUUGACGACGACACCCCACAAAACGUCCGCAGUCGUACGGGCUCCGAUGGGAAAAGGUAUAACUUAGUCUUCAGCGACGAGUUCAACACAGACGGACGGACAUUCUACCCCGGGGAUGACCCAUUUUGGGAAGCAGUGGAUUUGCAUUAUUGGCCCACCGGCGAUCUUGAAUGGUAUGAUCCUAGUGCGAUUACGACGGAAGAUGGGAAGCUCGUCAUCACCAUGUCGCAGAAACCGUCGCACGAUCUCAACUUCGAGAGCGGUAUGCUCCAAUCUUGGAACAAGUUCUGUUUCACCACCGGCUAUAUCGAAGUAUCCAUGAGUAUGCCAGGUUCGCCUAAAGCACCAGGUUUAUGGCCAGCUGCUUGGACGCUAGGCAACCUGGGGCGUGCUGGAUAUGGCGCAACUACUGAAGGUACAUGGCCGUACAGCUAUGCUGCUUGUGAUGUUGGAACCUUCCCCAACCAAACCGCUAAGGAUGGUACACCAGAAGCUGCCGCUACCGGGUCACCAGGCAACACGGAACUUUCCUUCCUCCCUGGGCAGCGUUUGUCCGCUUGCACGUGCCCUGGCUCAGAUCAUCCUGGCCCCAGGACAGAUGUUGGACGAGCCGCGCCGGAGAUCGAUAUUAUCGAAACCCAGAUCGACACCAAUCUCUGGCGUGGGGAGGUUUCACAGACGUUCCAGGUCGCCCCAUUCAAUUACAAGUACGCGUUCGACAACACAGAGCCAGCCUCCGUCAUACACGGGAGCGACACGCAUUAUAAUAGUUAUGCUGGCGGGGAAUUUCAGCAGGCCGUGUCAGCCCUAAGCUAUAUCGAUGAUCAAUUCUAUAACAACACGGCGUACGCUCCUUAUGCUUUCGAAUAUUGGUCGAAUCCGAACAGACGCGACGAGGGCUAUAUUACAUGGUAUAGCAACGGCGAACAGACAUGGACGGCUACAGCGGCUGCCACGGGUCCUGAUCCCGUUUCCCAAGUCAGCGCUCGAAUCAUACCUGAAGAGCCCAUGUAUAUCAUCCUGAAUCUAGGGCUUGCUCCUAAUUUCCAGAAGCAGGAUUUCAAGAAUCUACAAUUCCCUUCGAAGAUGUAUGUAGACUACGUCCGAGUAUAUCAGCGGGACGACGUCAAGAACGGUGUCACUUGCAACCCGCCAUCUCGCCCAACAGCGGACUACAUCGACAAUCACAUCAACGCGUUCUCAAACCCGAAUCUAACGACAUGGAAGGACGCGGGGUACACCUUCCCUCGGAACUCACUCUACGAUGGGUGUUAA